UACCAGUAUAAAUACCUGCACACGCCACGCAUUCAGCUGCCUGUCCCUUAAUGCAUACAUGCAAGCAGAAGAAAACUUUUUAUUGAAAGAUUCAUAUAGGGUUUUUUUUAGAAGUUCUAAAACCCAAAAAGGAAAACAUUUUAAAACUCACCUGUUUUUUUCGCCACUCUCUGGGGGGAUGAGUUUCCAGGCCUUUGUGACUGCUGAUACAUUUAUACCUAUAAAUUCAGAUUCUUCCGCCACUUUCCCCCUUAGGAUGCAUCACAACACAGCCGAAUAUCUGCCUGUCACCAAUCAUACAACUAACAUGGUAUCCACAGGGCUGCACUAUCCAAACCCCUCAUGCCACUAUGGAAGCCAGCAAUCUACCUACGGGGUGAUGGCAGGAAUUAAACCCACAGCACCAGAGAUGUUAUCUGCAAGUAUUUCCCAAACAAGGAUUUUGCAGACCUGCAGUAUGCCCCUUUCGAGUGUGGUAAAUGGAGUGAGCACCUUACAAGGAGUCCAUACAGGCACCCUCCCUCCCUGCCUGAUGAGCGCUAACUCCUGCACGUUGGGACACGGCUUUGCCCCAGUACACCAGACUCUCCUAGAGGAUGUCACAACCACGGACUUCAAGCAGGAGUUCAGGAGAAAGAGCAAGCCCAUCGAGGAGCCCAUAGACAUGGAUUCCCCGGAAAUCAGAGAGCUGGAAAAGUUUGCCAAUGAAUUCAAAGUGAGAAGAAUAAAGCUGGGUUACACGCAGACAAAUGUUGGAGAAGCCCUGGCGGCCGUGCAUGGCUCAGAAUUUAGCCAAACAACCAUCUGCCGCUUUGAAAAUUUACAGCUCAGUUUUAAGAAUGCCUGCAAAUUAAAAUCCAUUCUGUCCAAGUGGUUGGAUGAAGCGGAACAAGUUGGAGCUCUGUACAAUGAAAAAAUUGGAGGAAAUGAACGCAAGCGAAAGCGCAGAACUACUAUAAGCAUAGCAGCCAAGGAAGCUUUGGAGUCACAUUUUGGGGAGCAGAGCAAACCAUCCUCACAAGAAAUCAUGAGGAUGGCCGAAAGCCUCAACCUGGAGAAGGAAGUUGUCCGAGUCUGGUUCUGCAAUCGGAGGCAGAGAGAGAAGAGAGUGAAAACCAGCCUGCACCAGAAUACCUUCAGCACAUUCACAAAAGACCACCAUGACUGCAGAUAAAGGGACAUUUGUAACAGACAGCACCUUAGAUUUACUGGAAAUAAUAUGUGGUCAGCUAUUUUGUAACACUGAUGUUAUUUCUUAUACAGUAACUGCCCCUUCUCAUUACUACAACUCAUUAUCCCAGAAUGUGGACCUUGUUUAUUAUGAUGAUGCAAACCCAUGGUUCCUGGCGGGAGCACCUACUCAAACUGAAAAAAGUGUAUGUUGCCACGGACCACUGCCAUCGGGGGUGGGCAGUAGGGGUAGUUCACAGAGAUGCCAUGGCCAGCCUGUGAGGGGUGCACCUAGAGGUUUUGAAGCACCCUUUAGCUACCUCUUACUACAGACUCUCUGACCAUUGUAUAAAGCGGGUAGAAGGAUAUGAUGAAUGUAACCCAGCUCUGCAAAACAGUGGAAAAAAUAUAAAGAAUUACAUUUAUUUCAUAACAGGGAACAGAAAUAAGUUUUAUAUUGGUAUGCAAAGUGGCAGUGCUAUUUCUGUAUUUUAUAUUUCACUGUAACUAAUUUCCCCCAUGAUCCAUGGACCCUUCCCUGUAAUUCCACAUAUCUAGCAUCCUUCCCUCUAAUUCAUCAUUCCUCCACCCAUGUUAUUCAUUAACCCCUGCCAUCUCCAUCAUCUCACCACCAUUCUUCUCCAUCACUCAAACCUCUAUUAUUUAUCAAUUCCAUCCCCCCCCCCAAAAAAAAAUCUCCAUUCAUCAUUCUCCCACCAAUCCUCUUCAACAUCUACCCAGCUACUGUAUUCCCCGUCAGAUGAUUUCUAGACUAUUUAUACAUUUUUCUGCUGACCUAUGGUUGGAAAACAAGAUAAUAACCAAGAAUUGCAAGUCAUGUGUGCAUUUUCUACUAAACGGGGUAUAUGGGGACUUACCUUUAAGUGUUCAUGUUUAAACUACCAGAAUAGCAAUUGUAUUUUAUUUAUCAGUUUAUAUACUGUGUUUUUUUGUGUUCUACAAUUUUAGAUUUUAUUUAUUUAUUUAUAUUAAAAUUAAUGUGAUAUACUGUAUGAUGUAGGAAGCUGUUGUAUAAAAUAUUACCACAAGAGGACA